GCACGCUCGCUGGCUGCUGGUCAAAAAUAUUUUUUCUGUUUAAAAUCAAAGUACAGAAAGGCUUACAACAAGGUCUUUACUUUACAUUUGCGAGAAGUUAGGAUGGCGAAAUCACAGCUCAAGCAACUGAAGGAGCGACUAAAGACGAGUGGGUUCACGGGCCAGACGAACGCGAAGAAGCAGAAGAGGGGAAGAGUUCCGGCUGCGUCGAGAGAGGACAAGGAUAAUCUGCUGGCCUCGAUCCGCGAUGAGUUUAAUCCGUUUGAGGUCAAGACGACGAAGCAGAAGCAUGGCGAUAUUUUGGGCAGACGCGUGCAGGGUGCUACUGGACGGCCUGGGUUGAGCAAGCAGAUUGGUGAGGAGAAUAGACGGCGGACGCUACAAAAAGAGCUCGAACGGAAAAACAAAGCUGGUGCGGUUGUCGACAGACGAUUUGGCGAGCACGAUCCAAACAUGACGCCGGAAGAACGAAUGCUCGAGCGAUUCACUCGCGAGCGACAGUCUCGAUCAUCGCGGACGUCGUCGCUGUUCAACCUAGAAGACGACGACGGCGAGAGCGAGGGAUUGACGCAUUUCGGUCAGUCGCUGUCUCUUGAUGACGAGUUCACUCUCGGCGACUCGAACGGAGGCUUGAAGCGGCGGCCGGGUGAUGCUUCUGACGACGACGAGCCCGAGCGGAAGAAGUCGAAGAACGAGGUGAUGAAGGAAGUUAUCGCAAAGUCCAAAAUGUAUAAAUACGAGCGACAGAAAGCAAAGGAGGAAGAUCUGGAACAGAUCGAGGCGCUGGACGGAGAAAUGGACGGUCUGCGAUCACUACUCUUCAGCUCUUCGGCUGCAACCACUCAACCCUCUGAACCUGUUCCCGAGCGCGACAUCGAGUAUGACGAGGCCGUGCGCGAGCUUGGUUUCGAUCGUCGCGCCCAACCCAGCGAUCGCACAAAGACCGAAGAGGAGCUUGCCGAGGAACGCGUGAAGCAGUUGAAGGAGCUGGAAGAUCAGCGGCUGCGCAGAAUGAGAGGUGAAAACGUCGACGAGGAUGAUGAGAAGCCGAAGCAGCGUGCUCCUGAUGCUGAUGCUGACGAUCUCGAAGACGAUUUCGAGCUCGAUGAUGCUGCUGAUUUUGGCUUUGGAAAAGGUCUGGGUGAUGUCGAUGAUGAAGAAGAGGGGUUUGAUGUCGAGUCCGGCGCGAGCGAUGAAGGGUCUGAUGAUGACUCGAAAGCUCGCACCAAGAAAGUGUCCACUUCUACAAACGCAACUCCUUUGUCGGGCAGACGUGGAAAGCCCUCUGUUGAGUUGUCUGAGGAAGAUUUAAAAUCAGGAUUGAAGUUCACUUAUCAGUGCCCUUCAACUUACGAUGAGCUGCUGGAAAUCUUUGAGGAUCACGGAUUGGACAAACAGCUUACGAUUAUCGAGCGCAUCAUGACUCUCUACCACCCGAGUUUAGCUGCCGGAAACAAAGAGAAACUGAUGAAAUUCGGUCCUUUGCUGAUAGAGCACGCGGUUUCAAUCGUGGAUGACAGUUCAGAUCUUUCCGAGGAUGAUUACAACAAACUUGUCAAAAAGAUUUACGAUCUCACGCAGUCAUACCCAGAAGAAAUGUCGGAAGGCUUCAGAACACAGUUGAAGGUCAUCAGGCAAAGAUUACAAAUAGCAAUCACGAAAACCGAGGAGAGCGACUAUCCGCUUCCAUCUGACUCUAUGAUUUUCGUUUUGAUUGGAAUGAUCUUCUCGACUUCGGAUUACUUCCAUUUGAUCGCUACGCCCGCCAUGCUCCUGAUCGGUCAGCAUCUUUCUCAAUUUCCCAUUUCAACCCUGGGAGACUACGCUUCAGCCAGUUUAUUAGCCAGAGUGUCGCGGAAGUAUCUCGACCUUUCUAAACGCGUGAUUCCAGAGUCAAUCAACUACCUCAAUCUCUCAAUCUUUUCAUUCAUCACGCAAACCGCUGCGCCCCAGGGGUUUCCCCUCGCUGACAAUCUCACAAAACUCUCUGUCGAGGGUACCAGCAAGGGAAUCUCUCUGAGAAAUCUCAAAAUUUCAGACAUCAUGACCGACACCCCGAUCACCAAAAUCUCCACUCCAGCAGAAAGGCAGCUCGCGUUGUCGAUCCUCAAGGCCGAUCUUGAUACCCUGGUCGAGUUUGCGUCAUUGUGGAAAGGAAAAGAUGCAUACAAAGAGCUUUUCACCCCGUCCCUGGAAUUACUCGAUCUCUUAUCGUCCGAGAUCGCGGCUUCCAAGAAACGAUCAGUCGCUCUCGGCGCGAUCCGCGACAAGAUCACCGAGACCUCGACCCAACUUCGCCGUCUCAUCGACCUGCAGACGCUGAACCGCAAACCGCUGAUGCUGCAACAGCACAAGCCGAUCCCGAUCCCCACCUACGCGCCCAAGUUUGAAGAAAACUACUCGGUCGACAAGAAAUCGUACGAUCCGAAUGUCCAGCGACAGGAGAUCAGCAAGCUCAGGGCGCAGGUCAAGAAAGAGCGCAAGGGCGCGCUUCGCGAACUUCGCAAGGACAACGCGUUCGUUUCGAGAGAAAAACUGGCGGCGAAGAAGAAGAAGGAUGCAGAGUAUCAUGCUAUGCUGGCGAGGUUGGAGAGAAGCGUUGCGUCGGAGAAUUAAGACAAAAUUUACACGGUGGAGUAACAUUUUUUCUCUUUUCUUUUGUAUUUAUGUUGUGGUUUGAUUUGGGUGACUGUUUGUCAUUCUAUAAUAGAAUAACUUUUUAUCCAUGAG